AUGGUCCUGACUCAAGCCCCUGCCCUGGGGAUUCCUGAUUACAACAAGCCCUUUGCCCUCUAUGUCAGCGAAGAGGAGGAGUUUGCAAGUGGCAUUCUGACCCAGGAGCACAGCAGACUCAAGCAGCCGGAAGCAUACUACUCAGUUCAGUUGCCUCCUGUUGUUAGAGGAAUGAUUGACUGUCUACGAGCAGUUGCCACCACUGCUGUGAUUUUGUUUUGGACUAUAAGUGGAAAGGACCCUUUGACAGUUGUCAAAGUGCAAGGCAAGCCGGACUGGAUUCACGGGACACGUUGUAAACCAGGAUCUGGAACCACGGUGACAGGUCCACCCACAGGGGCCAGAAUGAGGUUCCUGGUGUUAACACCUCCUGACACUGUUCAAACCUUGCAUGAGGAUGAAGAUGCACCAGAGAAUGCACAGAUGAUAGAAACUACUGAAGAUGUUGCUGAGGAUAGAGAUCAGGCACCCACUUCAGAACAUCCCAUAUCACCAGAUAUUGUUGGAAAUGUUCCAGAAUAUACACAAGAAAAUACGGGAGAAGCUGAUGUAGCUGACCAAGGAGGUUUGCCUCUUGCUUCAGAACUUACUACAUUUCCAGAAGGAGAAACUGAUAUGAUGGAGCAAGGAGAUAGGACACCCUCUUCGGAAUCUUCCAAAUCACUAGAACUAAUUGAAGACACAUGGGAACCAGAAACAAAUAUGUGCCUUCUAUCUUUCAGGAGAAACAAAAUUAUAUUUCCUUUUUUUGUAGGCCUGCAAAUGCAAUGUCCUAAAAGCCCUGAAUGUGAGUCAGAAGAAGAAUCAGAUACAGAUGAAGAACCAACAGAAUUGGUUGUGCUUGACCCAGAUCAUCCUUUAAUGAAGCGCUUCCAGGAAGCUUUGAAGAACCACCUUUCAAAGCAAUUGGACAAGUUAGUCUUGGAGGUCAGGGAAUUGACUUGGAGAGUGAAAACUCAAACAACUGAGCGUGAAAACACAGGAGUGCUACUUUAUGGAACACAACAGUCUCUUGCCCAAAUCCAAAUGGAACUUGAAAAAUUACAUGAUCGUUGCUCAUCAGCUUCAGAAAAAAGAAGAAAGGCAGAGGAAGAUUUGGCACGUGUGAGGAAUGUUUACCAAAUGUCACAAACUACAACAAAUAGUGAGCGCUUAAAAGUGUCACAACUACAAACAGAAGUUGAAAACAUUGCACUGCGGCAUUUCUACAUGGAAAACUUGAAAAGUGAUGUAUGUUCUGACAUUAUGAUAAUGAAGCGUACAACAGAAAAGUUAGAGUCUGAAAAAUUACAGGCAGCAAAGCUGAAACAGAAGCAGGGACAUGAAAUGAGCCCUCUGGAACUCAAAAUCAAAUCUUUGACAAAAAGCAUUGAGGAACACAACAAAGAAAUUUCAACACAGCAACAGUACUGGCUGAAACAACAGCAUGAGUUAGUUCGACUGACCCAAGAAAGGGAAAAGAAGACAGCUGAGGUGGAACUGCAGAAGAAACAGGUCACAAUACUCCAACAGAAGAAAAUCCGAACUGAAAACAUGAUACAACAAGGAUUGAAUGCAAAGAAAGACAUUGAACGUCACAUGCGUGCUCUGUCUAAUGACAUGGUGAAACUCAAUGGGCUGCUAACAAAGAAUGCCUCCAUGAAGGAUUCACUUGAGCACACAAAUAUAUUGAUGGAAAAUGAAUUUGUAACCGCACUGAAGGAUGCUGAACGAGAAGCUAUUGAAAAACAGCAAAAGCUGGACCAGCUGAAGGAAGAAAAAGAACGGCUGGUUAACAGUCUUGUGGAAGCAGAGCGACAGAUUAUGCUGUGGGAGAAGAAGAUUCAACUAGCAAAAGAGGCACGGUCUGCAGUUGACUCAGAUGUGGGACAGAAUGAGAUACGAGCCAUGAAAGCUGAGAUACACAGGAUGCAAAUACGUCACAGUCAACUUGUGAGGCAGCAAGAGCAAAUGAUUCGUGAAAUGGAGGCUGUUGUCUUGCGCAGGGAUACAAUUGUGACACGUGGAGAAGCACAAGCCAAAUUGGGCAAGAAGCAAAUUACUAAACAAGAUUGUCAUAAAAGGAUAGAAGACCUAUGCAAGAAAAUUGCAGAUGUUCAAAAGAACAUAGAAGAAUCUGACAGAACUAUUGAAGAGCUGAGGGAAUCACAGAGAAGUGUGUGUCAUCAACUGGAAGAAAAGCAGUGUCAGAUUCAGGAUCAGCAGUCUAUGGUUGAUCAACUUAAUGCAAACAUAGAAUCUCAACAGGAAAGAAAACAAGCGAAUCUGACCAAAAUAGUGACAUUACAGACACGACUCAAACACCUACAGGCUGUGAAAGAAGGAAAGUACAUACAACAGUGCAAAUCUGAACAUUUACUGAGGAAUGAAACACAGAAACAAGAGAAUCGAAUCCAUACCAUCAACACUAUUGUUGCUCGUAUCCAGGAGGAAUGGCCUCAGUACCAGGGAAUACUUCGUAAAGUGACACUUGCACUAGCAGCACGGGGAACAGCUUAGGUGGAACUACCAUUAAAAAAAUACACAAAACUUGCAGCAAACUAG